GGGACGACUUCCUAUUUUGCGCCCAUACUGAGGCUGUGAAACGCGGUGAAAACAGAGGCAGUGCGGCGGAGGGAGCGGAAGUGGCUGCGCGCGCCCCAGAUAUUGUCAAAGCGAAGGCGAGAAAUCAGAGCGGCGGAGCGGGCCGCGGUUUUGGGUCUGGCUGAAGAUGAACGCCUGAAAGCGCGUCGAACCGCUUUUGUCCGAAUGUCCUCUCGGUCCUCUCCGUUCUGGGCGACGGAACGAGGACCGCGAGUUCCGGUGGUCCCGGGAGCCGAAGGCAGUGACCGCACGGGGUCGCCGGUGUCCUUUAACGGAAAAUCGUGGAUGCCGGCCUCGGUCGCCGGACGACCGCGGGAAACAUGAUGGAACCUCUGAUGGACCGCCCUCUGUUGGCUGCCGGUUCCGCGCGGGACAGGAUAGUGGCGUGCUGCUCCUACGGCGCCCUCAAGGCGUGGCUGCCCAUCCUGAGCUGGCUGCCCAGGUACCGGCUAACCUGGCUGAAGAUGGACCUGAUCGCUGGCGUCACCGUCGGCCUCACCGUUGUCCCUCAGGCGCUGGCGUACGCGGAGGUGGCGGGUCUACCUGUGCAGUACGGUCUCUACUCGGCGUUCGUGGGCGGCUUCGUCUACUGCGUCUUCGGGACGUCGAAGGACGUGACCCUGGGUCCCACGGCCAUCAUGUCCCUCCUGUGCUCCUACUACGUCGACCGCGACCCCGUGUUCGCAGUGCUGCUCACCUUCCUGUGCGGGGUCAUCCAGACCUCUAUGGCCAUUCUCAGGCUGGGCUUCCUGCUUGACUUCAUCUCGUACCCCGUUAUCAAGGGCUUCACCAGUGCGGCGGCCAUCACCAUUGGCUUUGGGCAACUCAAGAAUUUGCUGGGUCUCCAGAACAUCUCCCAGCAGUUCUUUCUGCAGGUCUACGACACCUUCCGCAAGUUACCUGAGGCCAGGGUGCCGGACGUCACCCUCGGCCUCCUCUGCCUGGCUACGCUCGUCGCGCUUACCUUCAUGAAGAGCUCCUUGGGGCCUGGAUCCGAUGACCUGCCGGUUCAUGUGCGUGGAGCCAGGGGCCUUGUUUGGAGCUUUUCCACAGUACGCAACGCCCUGGUGGUCAUCUGCGCCACCUGUUUAUCCUACUCAUUUGAAGUGUACGGGCACCACUUGUUCACCAUCACGGGACAGACCUCAGCUGGCCUGCCCCCCUUCCAGGCCCCACCCUUUUCUGAGACGACGCCCAACGGCACAGUGAUCUCCUUCAACGAGAUUGUGCUGGACCUGGGCGGAGGUCUCGUAGUCAUCCCUAUCAUGGGGCUGUUGGAAAGCAUCGCCAUCGCCAAGGCCUUUGCUAGUCAGAACGACUACCGCAUCGAUGGCAACCAGGAGCUCUUCGCAAUCGGCCUCACCAACAUCAUGGGCUCCUUCGUCUCGGCGUAUCCUGUCACGGGAAGCUUUGGCAGGACAGCGGUGAACUCCCAGACCGGUGUGUGUACUCCAGCAGGGGGCGUUGUCACCAGUGUGAUCGUGCUGCUCUCCCUAGCCUUCCUCAUGCCGGUCUUCUACUACAUCCCCAAGGCCUCCCUGGCAGCGGUCAUAAUCUGUGCCGUGACGCCCAUGUUUGACUACCGUGUGAUUGCCAAGCUCUGGAGGGUCAAGAAGCCGGACCUGCUGCCCUUCCUGGCCACUUUCCUGCUGAGCUUCUGGCAGGUGCAGUACGGCAUUGUGGCCGGGGUGGUAGUGUCCCUGGGCAUGCUGCUCUACGAUGUCGCCAGGCCCCAGCUGAAGGUGCGUGACCAUGGUGUCCUGGUCGUCGAGCUGGACAGUGGCCUACGCUUCCCCGCCAUGCAGUACCUCAGCCAGAUGCUCUUCUCCAAGGCCUUAACAGCAUCCUCUCACCGCUCAGUGGUGCUGGACUGCUGCCACGUCAGUGGAGUGGACUACACUGUGGUGGACGAGCUCCGGGACCUGCUGCGGCAGUUCCAGCAGCGCGGUGAAGUCCUCAUCUUCACAGGCCUAUCGAACUCUGUUUUGGAGGUUCUGCUGGAGGCUGAACUACCGGGUCUUAAGCACGUGGAGAGUGUGGAGGCGGCUCUGCAGGCAGUCUCAGGCACCCCUUCUUAUAACUGACAUCUUGUCCACCGUGUCCACUGGACAUCACUGGCGAGAUGACACACCUGUCUGCUUUCAGUCUUCCUCUUGGUGGGCUUUUCUUCUUGAGUCAGAUCAACCACAUGCGGAAAACUUGACAUGGUGAGACAGGUAGAACAAAUCUCUGGUGAAAGUCAGUGUUGGUGGACGUGGACAUUUUCAGAGACAUUUCUCUUUAUCCCUGACAUCUAGUUCCUGCAAUGUAGAGUGAUUGAUUGGUGCCCUGUUGAGCUUCAGAUCCACAUGGACACCAAGGUUUACAUCUUCUCCCAGGACUUCUCAGGGCUUGUCUGUUGAAUGCACUUCAUCCUCUACUUUGUCCAGAUCCUGCUGAGUGGGAUCUUGUAGGAGGUCUAGGUCAGAACUGGCCUUUCAGAUGCUAGACGCUGACAUUGGGGGUUGUUGGAUCAUAGCUCGAAUGGGGUCAAUUUGUGUUGGAUGUCCCUCGCCAUUGAGACCAGUAACUCUAAACGUAACUGUGCACAUCUAUUGAGACCAGUAACUCUAAGCGUAACUGUGCACAUCUGUAUUCUAGGAUGGGAAAAGGUGGUUAAUGACGCAGCCGUGAGGACCUAUGAAAAUGACACAUCAAUGGUUUCAAAGGAUUGAAACACCAGUUCAAAGGGGUUGCAGCCUUGAUAAUGACCUCAUAAUCUAGUGAAGGUCAGAGGAAACACAAGAGCCAGCAAACUCUGUGGUCCUUGAGGAUUUUGAUUGAGGAGCACCCCCAAAAAAACCCCAGCCUGUCCCCAACCGUAGGCAGUCCUUGAGUCCUCCAGACAGCUGCAGACACAGUUUAAGGCUUCCCCUCUUCAGGGAAUACCAUUGUCACAUUGUUCCUUCUCCAUCUCUGCCUCUUGAUGAUGGAUGGGUUUGGAUGGGAUCCAGUCCCAAGGUACACUAAGUUUUCCAGCACUUUGCAUGUUAAACUGAUUAAAUUAAAUAGCAUUUUUUUUUUUUUUAUAUGCAUGUCUGUUCUGAAAAGUGGAAUAACUUAUUUUAAUCUAAAACACAGGUAGAAAUUUGAGGAUAGUAUACAUGGAAUACAUCCCACACUGACACACUGGCCUGUGUAAAACUGGCGCAGUUCUGCACAAGCAUGUAACAGCACUGUUAGACAGAUGGUGGCGUCAGUACUGUCCUCCUGCCCCAACUACUCCCACCCCUUCAGGCCAGCUGGCUCUUUAUAGCAGUUUAAUCAGCUAAGUUCGGUGCGGGACAGCUGGGCGUCGUGACAAAAACGUGGUUCUGCACUGACCGUGCUGCACAAUGUUAGAUGCUCUAACUGCUAUGCAUCUAGAGGUUACCUCUCAUUUGCUAAAGAAAUAUUUUUUAACUGACUUUACCACUGAUAGCUGCAAACAGACAUGUUUAUCUUUUGAAUAUUUAGAUGGGGUAAAUAACUCAUAAGAACCAAGUUCUGAAAUGUGCUUGUACAGUGAGUCUCUCUAUGAUCAGGUGGAUUAGAUGGGCAAUGAUCACAACCAGGUUAGCGCUGCUUUAUAUACAUGUUGAAGUGACAGCGUUUGCUUUGUAUCGUUUCUAACGUUGGUUUUAUUAUGGGAAGAGGUUGGUGACACAUCGAGGUGGGAGCACACGCUGUCAGUUGGGGUGUGUAAGGGGAUGUACUCUGUGCCGCUGUGUGAAAACUCAGCAUCACACUAACUUAUUUCUGCUGAACUUGACAAAUCAUAUACACUAUUAACAUUAACAUUCCAAUAUUGUCUUAAUUCCUCUUGUGUACUAAACUGAUAUUUGUAUAACAAAAUGUUUUAUGAAAGUUUAUGCUGUUUUUGCAAGAAGUUGUGCAACUGACCGUUAUGAUUCCAAGGCUUUAAACAUUGCUUAUUUUUGUUGUUCCACUUUUCUAAUGUUUACUGAAAGCGGAAUAAAUGGGGUACAAAACUGGUGCUUUGGGGCGGGCUGUAAAUUUGAAUUAAAACCUGACAUGUGCCUAAAAGGCCAG